GCCACAGGCUUUGCAUCUUCCACAAACAUUUUGAACCUGGUUGAUCAACUUAAAGGCAAGAAGAUGAGGAAGAAGGAAGCUGAGCAAGUACUGCAGAAGUUUGUGCAGAACAAAUGGCUGAUUGAGAAGGAAGGGGAGUUUACCCUGCACACCCGGGCCAUCCUGGAGAUGGAGCAGUACAUCCGGGAGACAUACCCUGAUGCCGUGAAGAUCUGCAACAUCUGCCACAGCCUCCUCAUCCAGGGUCAGAGCUGUGAAACCUGUGGGAUCAAGAUGCACCUGCCUUGUGUGGCCAAGUAUUUCCAGUCAAAUUCUGAGCCGCGCUGCCCUCACUGCAAUGACUACUGGCCCCAUGACACACCAGAAGUCUUCAACCCUGAGAAGGAGAGGGAAGCUGGUACCUCCAAAUCGAGCAAGAAGUCCUUGCGGGCCAGGCAGCAUUAGCCGCUAUGUGCCUGGGACAGCCUGACCACUCAGCCCUGCCUGGGAGAGGGCAUCAGUAUUUCACAGUUUACACAGAAUUACCGCCCUUGUUCUUUGUAUUCGUUAUUAACAGCU